GGAAGCGCUUUUGUGGGUGGAGAAGAAUAUUGUUUUGAUUUUUUCGCAAAACAUCACAAGUAGAAAAAAAUGACACAUGUUUAAAAUAAUCAAUGUUUUUCUUUUAUAUUUAAUGAAAUAAUAGAUUAGCAUAGGUUUCACAAUGAGUGCGGAGAAUCUUGCAGAAAAUCACAUUCGUCAAAAUCAUCCUUGGGCGAAAUUGCCAGCUAAUGUCAAGCAAGUGAGUUAAAAAUUAAAAAAAAAUUGAUUAGCCUAAGCCUAAGCGUAAUAUGAGCCCCUGCCCCUAAACCUAAAUGAAAAUGAUAAAUAAAUCAAAUGAAAUUUAAAAAAAAAAAAAAACCCAACAAAACAGACCAGCUAUUUUCCAUAGGCCUAAAAGUUUGGCCCAAAUAACUAUAAUAAUGAUACAAUUAGAAUUAGGACUAUACUGAUAAUGAUAUUAAAGCAAAUGAGUAAAAAAAUAAAAAAAAAUUGAUUAGCCUAAGCCUAAGCGUAAUAUGAGCCCCUGCCCCAAAACCUAAAAGAAAAUGAUAAAUAAAUCAAAUGAAAUUUAAAAAAAAAAAAAAACCCAACAAAACAGCCCAGCUAUUUUCCAUAGGCCUAAAAGUUUGGCCCAAAUAACUAUAAUAAUGAUACAAUUAGAAUUAGGACUAUACUGAUAAUGAUACUUUACUAUAUGAUGGUUAUUGGUUAUUGAUAUUGGCUUAUUAUAAAAAUUCAAUUGCUAUUUUUAGUGAUUUAAUUUAGAAAUUAUAGUAAAUUAUGAGAAAAUUAAAUAAAUCAUCAAUGAAUCAACGAUUGAAUAUACCACAAACUGUAAAAAUGAAAUCUUCCCAUGAACACACCAUUAAAAUUAAUAAAAGUCACCCUUAACCUUAACUUAACAAAUUGACUAAAUCUAAAUGACAAGGUCAAAUGGUGAGCCCAUGGGCCAUGGGCAUGGGGUGAUUUCAUUGUUAUUGGUAAACUUGGAUUAAAUGGUACACUAAGCAAAAACUCAGUUUAUCACAUAUGACAUAGACUUCACUAGUCUAAGAAGGGGGGGGGUCACAUCUUUGUGAUGAUAUGUGACGAGAGGGAGAGGGGGGGCCUCAUAUGAAAAGCAGAAUAUUAUAGUGAAAAAUUGCUCUUAAUAACCACAACUUACAGACAUUAUUAACAUUAUUAUUUUAUAAAAAAAGUAUAAUUAUUUUAUUUUUAAACUACGAUCACUGAAAGAAUCAGUACAGGUAUGGGAGUUCUGAAAAAUGACCUCUGAUCUAGAUACAGGAGGAGAAAAUGAGUGUAGUGAAAUUGACAGUCACGAGAAUUUAUGUACAGACCCACUCCGUUUUUUAACAUCCCAAUCUAAAUUACAUUCUAUUAUGUCUUAUGUGUUUUAGUAAACUGAAAUGCCCUCUCUCCAUACAUCAUAUGUGAUAAAUGGAGUUUUUGCUUUCUGUACCAUUUAAUCUAAGUUUACCUGCAGUUCAUUAGAACUAAAUUUUGAACAGAAUCUUGGAACACAUAAGUUUUAAAUUUCGGCUAAAACAGGCCAUUCGCGCCAUGACGUCUACAUUUCUAUUUAUUGUCGUUGUUUGUUUUGUCUUGUCUGCUGAAGAAGGUGUUAAGCAGAAACAUCCUUGUAAUUGUCCUUUUUUUUUUUCAAGCCUAAACAUAUUAUUAUUAUUAUUAUUAUUAGGUGGUUUUAUAUAUCUUGUUCCACUAUUUUAAUUUACUUGGUAUUGCUUGAACACAGUCCAUCAUAAAUCAUCAUUAGACCUGAAUAGAUAAAAUAUCAAAAGUUGAUAUUAAAAUUGGCUAGUUAAUUCAAGAUUUAAUUGUAAUGAAUAAUGUUAUCUCCUUACUCCAUAGAGCUAUGGAAAUUCUCAGAGGGAAUAUGAAAAGGCAGUUACAAUUUUCAGUGUGAAAAACCAGCUGCGUUACAAGGGAAACUUAAGUGAGUAAGAGUUCACAAAAACUUCUUAUUUUAAUUGUCGCUUAUUAAUGUCAAAUACAUAAUGGGAUACUUUUGAAAUUUACGUCACAAAUUCUGUCGAGUUCUACAGUGUUAAUAUUUAUUUAUGGCUGUGUCAAGAAGUUUUCUAUCUUCAAUUUAUAAAAUGCAGCCCAUAUUCUAUUAUUAAUUUUAUUAGAAUGAACACUGAACACUGUAUUUAAGUUAAAUUUUGUUAAUUAAUUAUAACUCUAGUUAAUUUACUCAUGUCAACUGUUCUUUCCCAUGAAAUAACAAUAUCCAUUUUGGCUAACCUUAUUUUUUAGGACAGUUAUUUUGUUGUGUGUAUUUAUAAUUGAUGGUCAUUUUCCUUUCCCAGUAAGGACAGUUCGUAAAGAUGAGCAGAGAUAUUAUGAAGAUGUUUUACAGUACAGCCGUGAACAUCUCAUGCUGUAUCCAUAUCACCUGUCUGAUAUAUUUGUUAAAGGUCUCAGAAUUACACCAUUUUCCUACUAUAGUAACAUGAUGCAGGAUAUUAUGACUCAAGAGAAGAGCUACGAUUCACUGCCAAACUUCACAGCUGCUGACUGUUAGUACAAUAUAUUUAUAUUAGAUUAAUGUGGCUUUUAAAAAUAAACUUUUAUUGAUAUAACUAGUGAAGGCAUUUAAAUAAACUUUGUCAUCAUAUUAUGAGAUAUCUACAGCUCCUUGAAUGAUGAAAUAAAAUAAAGCUUCUCUGGAAGCUGAAAAAUUCAAUGGAUUUAAGUAGGGACAUAGAGAAGGAUCCUUAAUUAAACAGCUGUUCUAAUUAUCUGAAUAUUUAACAAACAAACCAUUCAUUUACCUUAAAAGAAAAUAUGUCAGUGAGCAUUUAAAUGAAUAGCUCUGAUUAGAGUACAUAUUUUGCAGAUAGAGUUAUCUAAUUUUCUGGUACUGCAUGAAGUGACAUGUAAGAUCAUAAAAAAAUUCCCUUGCAUUCCAUUUAACCAUUCUUAAGCUCCUCCUUACUUUUCUUACAUCUUGAAGUUUAUCAAAAUUUAUGUCUUUUUUUCUUUUUCUUUCUGUUAUAGACUUUUGUCACAGCUUGUAAAUUCUGCGUAGUUAUGAACAUUUAAGACACCCUAACCGGUAUUAAUUUAUUGUCCAUUUUACCUAGAAUACUUUUCUUAUAUUUUUCCUUAUAAUAUUUCAGGUCUCAGAUUACUGGGUAUUGGUCGUAACCAAUACAUUGACUUAAUGAAUCAAUGUAGAUCUUCUAAAGUAAGUUUAGAAAGAACAGGAUACUAAGAAUAUAAAAAAAUCAACACAAGUUAAAUUUUACUAAGUUUAUAUUUGUAUAUAAAAUAAUUUAAAACUUUUUUUAUUGUUGGCAAAAGCUUAUUAUUGGUAAAAAAAAUAAUUAACUAAUGUAAAAAAUUUUUCAGAAAUUUUUCCGUAAGCGACCUGUAAAAGAAUUGCUUCCUGGUCAGCCAAUUGAGGGUGUGUCUAUUGAUGCCUGGUGGAUAGUGCAAGUUGGAUUUAUUACAGAAGAUGACAUCCGGGUAUGUGGAUUGCUGUCUCUAGGGCAAGUGUGGAAGUCAUCAUCACUCUAGUGUCAAACAUUUUACGUGCUGAGUAUUAUUUUCAAAUCUUCUUUUCCUCUACAGAUGUGUAGUACAGCUGAAAAGAAAGUAAUUGAUGCAGUUAUUGAUGGUGGACCUCAGAUUGCAGGAGAAAUGGAAAAAGAAGUUGUGCAUAGUACGAAAAGAUAAUUUUUUGGUCUGUAAAUAUUACUCAGGAUAGAGUGGGUGUUGGCGGGGGUUGUCCUGGCAAAGGGAGAUUUCCAACAUGCCGCUUCACAGCCCGAUCCUUGGGCUUGUGGGGAUGCUUUGGGGAAGGCAUAAAGAGCUUGGUACUAGCUGGACGGCUUGUUUGUGCCAUUUCCUAAUGUAUAAUGUCAGGUUUUCCUAAAACUAUUCAUUACUAUGUUAAGUUCAAGCUGUUUUAAAGUCAUUUAUCAGCAAUUUUAUUUUUGCAGCUUUAUACAGGAAAGGUUUAAUCUACAUGGAAGUGCCCAUUGGUGAUGAUGACUGCAUCAGUGGUAUGUUUUAAAGUUUGUUUUGUAAUAAGGUCAGAAGUUUUGAUCAAUAGGGAUUUGACUUAUAAAUUAGUUGGCUAUGAUUAUGUAGCGAUAGAAAAAAGUAAUUAAUAAAUCAAGAAAAUAGAUUAAAAAAUGUUUUAAAAAAACUUCUUUCUGACCCAUUUUCAUUCUAACCAUGACAGUUCCUCCUUUGGAAGGGUUUGUGAUGAACCGUGUACUUGGGGACUACUUUGAAACUUUGCUGUACAAAAUAUUUGUUUCCAUUGAUGAACAAACACCAGUGUCUGAGGUAACUAAAAAAUUUGCCAAUUGUUUAUCACAAUAUAAGCAUUCAUAUUUACAUUAAGCCUCUCAAAUGAUUGAUUUAGAUUCUUUAUUAGUUGAUACAUUUCUUUAUUUAUAAAUAAUUACAAUGGACUGACUGAUGUCAUCACUUUGUUUCAUUUCAGCUAGCCAGUGUUUUACAGAUAGAUCUUGGUUUAGUCAAGGUAAGAGAACUGAAAGUGGUGCCAGCAGGAGUUUUCUAUUGUGUCUUACAUAUUAUUAUUAUUUUUAUUGCUAUAUGUAUUCAGUAUUGAACUGCUCGGUUUCUCAUCAUUCACUCAGAAUGCUGUUUCUAUGUACUGUCGGCUUGGAUUUGCAAAAAAGAAAUCCACAGAUUUUGACCUCUCUGAACUCCAUCCAUCAUGGAAUACAAGUCAAGAGUCCCCUACCUCAAAAGCUAACAGUAAAAAUACAAAGUAAUUAUUUUUUUAAACCAUGUGUUGGAAUCUUGAAAAUGUUGGUUAAAAGUAUUAUAGCAAUUACCAAAUUUUUUCACCAGUUUUUAACUUAUAUAAACCGUACAAAAUAAUGUAUUUGGUGCACAUAUUCUCAACAUUUAGUUGGCUUAUGUAAUUUUAUUCAUUUUUUAGGAUAGAGUAUGUCUCAAACAAAUUGUGGCUAUGAUAAACAUUGCAUUCAUUCACCUAUAAAUUGUUAUGCAAUUCAUUAAAAUAUGUUAAAACUUAACAAAUGAACACCAUCUGAUGAAAAAAGUUUUGAUAUUACCACCAGAUAAUAAAAGUUUUAAAAUAAAUUCCUUCAUGGCAUUUGUUUUUUUCAAAUUGGCUAUAAAUGCAUUUAAAAACUAUCAAAAUAUUCAAUUUCCAUUUAAAUAAGAAAUGUAUAAUUUAAAAAAAAUGUUCUAUUCUUUUUUAAUUUUUUAUAUUAGUGCUUACUGAGUUAUGACACUGAGUUAAUUAAAAUCUUGUUGAAAAUGCACUAAUUGAUCAGGUCAAAUGAAGAGAGAACACUGUUGAUUGAUGACCUCAGCAGCUCUGUCCACCUGGAUGCAGGAGGAGAAAUGAGUAAAUCCAACUCUGUUAAUGAAGAUGGAGGUACAGGGAUAUCUGCCAGUCUUGAUCCAUUAGGUGGGUGGCUAGGAGAUUUAAACAAUUUUAUCUUUAUAAUUAUGUUUUAGAAUUAUCUUCUUAAUAUUUUUUGGCUUGUUCUGGACCAGAGUUCAGAACCUGUGUACCAUGGCACACUGGUGUGCCGGCCACAUCACACUGAUGUGCAGUGAGACGAUGCUAGGUGUGCCACAGCAAAAUUCCUCCCAAGGGGAUGAAUAACACUUGAAGAUUGAAAUAUAUAUGUGCAAUACCAUCAAAACCAAUAUCCAUUUAUUUGGAUCAAUAAAAUCAUAUAAUCUUAAAAGGGACAGGGAUUGGCUAAUUAACAAGCUAUCAAACGUUUGAAGUCAAAUAGCACAGCACAACUGCAGGUUUAAAUUUGCUGCGUCACAUGACAAGUCACCUUCUUAAUGUGUCUGGAGAAACGAGUAAAAUAUGUCUUGGUCACUUUGGCCUUUGAUCUCAUGCUAUUCACUCAUGUACUGUGAAAUAAUUCGACUAGGUGUUAAUUGCUGGUUGUUUAGAAAUUCUUUACACUACUCAGGUAAUGAACUUAGCCCCAUUGUGUCCACACUGAGGGUAAUGAAGUUUUUUAUCUGAUUUCUUGACACAGUUAAACAAGUGUUUAUCAUCAGGCAUAAUUUUUUUUUAUAUAUUGCUUUUGUUUUAUUUAUUCUUUUUGGUUUGUUCGUUUUGGCAUUGAAAUAAAUAGUUUAAAUUAAGACAUGGAUGUGUUAGAAUGUUAGUGGCUGCUGCUUGUAUUAGUAUCAAAUAAUAUUUUAAUUUUGUGCUUGACUGGGAGUAUUUCUUUUUUAUUAAAUCAUAUGUAGGUCUACAGAGUUUUUGAAAUUACAUAUAAAGUUACGACUUUGAACAUGUAUACAAGCAGUUGUGUAAAAAGAAAAUAAAGAUACAUGUAUUUAAAAGACAGUUAGAAAAAAAUAUUUUACUUACAUUUAUGUUCUAUUGAUAAACACGCUUAAAAAAGUAAAAUUAUUUUAUUUUACUUGUUAUAAAAAUUCUUCUGAUGCAAGUUAAGUUCAUUGCAAUAGAAAUAAUAAAACAAACGGUAAGUGUUAACAACUGUAAAAAGAAAUUUGUUUAAAUAUUUUAAUUGUGUUGUACCGUGGAAAUCUUGGAAGGGUCUAACUGUACAGUGGAGAAAAUCGUUGCAAAGUACUGUACUGGAAAUCUCUUUAAUUCUUGUGUGGUUAAAGUUUUUGUGACUGUUGAUAGAUGCAACUCAUAAUUAAAACUAACACUAUCAUUUGCUUAGGUCAUUUUAAAGCACAGCUAAUAGUUUUGAAAGAUCGUAAAUCCAUGUCCUCUUUCUUAGUUAAAUUGAUUAUAAGAUCGUAUCGGUUAUCAUUGUAAUACAUUAAAAUGGAUCACUUGACAUGAUAAUUAACAUUUCAGACUACAGCUCCCAUACCCCAGGUCUGACCAAGAGAAUAGCCUUCUUGUUUGAUUCCACUCUAACAGCAUUCCUUAUGAUGGGGAAUCUGUCUCCGGUAAUUGAUCUUUCUUUUCGGCUGUGGUUUUGAAACAUAUUUAAAAAAAAAAAAUGAAUUGACAAAUGAAAAGCUCAACGGUUAACUAUUGGAAUUCAGCUUUUCUUUAAUUUUUAGAAAUGCUAAAAUCUUUGAUGUUUAUCCUAGCACUGCAUCCUUCAUUUAUGUUUUUUUUAACCAUUGAAAUAUUUUUAUUUUUUCAGGGCCUCAAGAGCCAUGCUGUCACCAUGUUUGAAGUGGGAAAAUUAAGUGAUGAAUCCAUGGAUAGUUUCCUCUCUGAACUGGAGAAAGUAAGUGCCUGACAUCAAGACUUGAAAUAUAUCUUGGAGCUGAAGAAAGAUUAGACAACUGUAAUUGCUGAACUGAAUAUGAAAAGUUGUUCAAUAAAUUUGUAAAAAAAUAGUUAUAUUUUUUUAAAACUAUAAAAUCUAUCAAACAAUUUAGAAAAUUUCCUUUCGCGUGAGGCCUUUUUAGUAUAUAUUUAAUUCUUUAAGGGUGUUAAAAAAAUCUUUUUAAUAUCUGAAUCAGGUUGGCUCUGAUGCUGAGGGGGAAGCCAGGCGUUAUUUUGAUCACGCUCUCACUCUCAGAGACACAGUCAGAUUCCUCCGCUACAACCGCGAGCUGGUAGACGAUUCUGAUUUAGGAGGUACCAACACUGGACAAGGUAUUGACCUACUUCGGUGUGAAAGUUUGCUGGGACUGGAUCCAGAAACCAGGUCAAGAGUUCUCAACAAGAAUUACAGGUAAUAUACUUAAUGAUUGGUCAUCUCUUGUACCUGAGUUAGUAAAUAUCUGAAAAAGUUUAAAUUUCAAGAAAUAAUGUUUUUACCCCUUAAUAACUUUAAAAAAAUGUGAUUGUAACAUUAUGUUAGCCUCAGAGAAUAAGAAUUCUGGCGUGCUAAAUUUGUUUUUUGUAAAUAGGUUAAACUAAAUAAUAUAAUUAAUUCAUUUUUUAAAUGCUUAAUUGUUCAUAAAUUAAAAAUAAAAUUGGCUAAUUCAAUGAUUUCUUUUCCUUUAUUAUUUGAAUGAAGCCUUCUUGUGUCAAUGGCUCCACUCAGUAAAGAGAUCCGGCCAGUCAGUAGUUGUGUACCCCAACAUAUAGGGCCUGCCAUACCUGAGGUAAGGGCCCUUCUUACACCUGCAUCUUUAGCAAAAACUUAUUCUAAAAAAUAAAUCUUGGCGAUAAACUAACUUGAGUUCUCUUAUGAAUAGCUUUUAUAACAUUUGAUAAUAAAACAUUGAAUGAUUAGCCUUUUAAACAUUCAAAAACAAUAAACUUAUGAGUUUUUUUGAAUAACUAAUCAAUAUAUUUUCAAAUCCAUAUUUGAAAAGUUAGUAUCUUAAAAAGCAACUCUCUGAUAAUUGUGCACAUACAGGUGAGCUCAGUCUGGUUUAAGCUUUUCAUCUAUCACCUCACUGGCUCCGGGCCCCCAAGUUUACUUUUGAUGAAAGGAACCAGGUUGCACAGGCUGCCAAGGGUUUUUAAGGUGAGCCGAAGUGCUUGGCUGAUUUAAAAAAACAAACAAACUUUAUGAUUAGAUUCUUUUAAUUGAAUCCCACCAUUUACAAAAAGAUCCGGGAAGGUUUUCGAGACCAUUGUUUGAAAUUCACUCUUUGUGUGGAAAUUUGAACAUUUAUUUGAAAAAUGUUUCUUUAUAGUUCUUUUUACAUUAAUCUAAUUUAAGUUGAACAACAUAUUUAAUAAGUUUUAAACAAAUUUCAAAUAAUUUUUUGGACUAGUAGGGCUUAGGUAAUUUAAUAAAAUUAAGGAUGUUAAAAGGAAAAAGCUAAUUUAUUAAAAGUAAGGAUUCUAAACAGAAACAGGCUGUUCAUUUUCAAUAUCUAAAAAACUAAUUUAAAAAAAUCUUAAUUUGAAAAAUCCAGAAUUUUUAUAUUUUAUUUAACACAAUAAUAAACUAACAGUAAUGUAUACAAUAGUAACUGGCAUCAGUUGUCAAACCAUACUGCACAUGUUAAGAGGUUAUCUGAAUUACUGCCUUUUAUAUGAAAUUUGAGAUUGUUCUGUUUUAGCACUUAUAUAGUCUACUGUCAGUUAAUUUGGCCAUCAUAGUAACAAAUUCAAUAAUAAUCACUGGCAUAGGAGUUGGGGGGGGGGGGGGUUUUGUGCUUUUUUUCUUUUUUAGGUGGGGGGGGGGGGGGUGUGUUGUUGCACUUUUUUCUUUUUACGGAGGGGGUAGCAUUUUGAUUAACUACAAAGCUUUUAUUGUGGAUGGUGGUGGCAAUAAUUUUGGCCUGUACGGGUGGCACUUAAGAUAGGUAGGCCACAGAUAAUAAUUUUAAUAACUAGUGCAUUUAAUUUAUAUUGAAUACAUGUCAUUGUGUUUCAAGCAAGAAGUCAGUACAGUAUAAAUAAUACAAAUUUAUUGAACAGCUGAUUGUAUUAACAAAUCCCUAAUUAAAAGUAGCAGUUAAAGUUAUUAAAUGUAACUGAGUUAAAGCUAUUAAAUGCUAUACUGAAUGAAAAGGCUCUGUCGCAUUCUUGAGCAUUUGUUUUUUUUUAAAUAUUAUUGUCCAAUUUUCUCCAUUUACCAGUCUUAUGAUCGACUUCUGGUGACAACCUGGGGGCAUGACCCAGGGGUUAUAGCUGCCUCCAACAUUUUGCUAACUCUUAAUGAUGCACUAAGCCAUUCGGCGGUCCUUGUUCAAGGUCACGGUAUACACCUCGAGGGCCUCACUGUUAAUGUGCCGUUCCCAUUUGAUCAAGCUCCAGGUAUAAUUUAA